UAGUGUUGAGGGCGGAACGUUGUGUGCGAGUGUUGUGUUCCCGGCGGGGCGGAGCUGAGCGUACAGGCCUGCAGGGAGGAGAGACCGGAAGUGGAGCCCGGGGAGAGCCGAGGAGACACCAGACUGUACCGAUCCAGCUCCGCGUCCGUCUGUCUGUAUGGUCAGGAUGAGCAGGUAACGUGCUGCUUCCCGGAUCGAAUUGCCAUGUCCGACACCUCAGUUUCGGCAAGUGAGCCAGAGCUGGAUCCACAGGAAGAGGAGGAGGAGGAGGAGGAGGAGGAGGAGGACGAUGAUGACGAUGAAGAUGAUGAAGCCGAUGAGGAAGAUGGGACAGAUGAGGAGAAUGACGGAGACGAUGAGGACGAGACACCUAAGAAAGAAAAGUCUCAGAGCGCUGCACUGGGCGCGGACGGCUCGGACCAUGGAGGGGAGGACGAGGUUAAACAGUCGGCUACGUCAGGCCAGAGCGGGCCGGAGGAGAAGGCCGCGGCCAACGACGAGGCCGCCAAGUUGAGGCUCCUGAAACCAGCAAACCUGAGACGCAACAUCCGAAAACUUCUCCGGGAAGAUCAGUUGGAGGCUCAGACCAAGACCGCACAGCAGGAGGAGUUGGAAAGACGGAAACGUCUGGAACAGCAGCGGAAGGACUACCCGCUCCCUAUAAUCCCCACCAUACCGGCGGCCUCUCUAGACUUCCUCAAUGAGGAGGACAUCGAGCUGCGGCCCGCGGAGGUCUCACAACUUGUGGGGAACCAGGAGAUCAUCUGUUUGGAUAGCAGCAGCUGCGAGAGCGACGACGAUUCGCAGAGGAAAGUGGACAGCGUGACCGAUGAGGUGAUUGAGCUGAGCUCUGGAGAGGAGGACUCCCUGCAUGUUGUAGACAGCGGAGAUUCCCUCCAUGACGCCGACCAUGAUCUGGACAUUGAGAACAGCGGCUCUCAUGUCAACGAUGCUUUGAACCUCCCUGAUGCCUUUGGGCAAGUUCUUGUCAACAUCAACCACCCGCCCAAUGAGAAGGACCUAUUCCUGUCCCCGCAGCUGGCCCAAGCGGUCAAACCUCAUCAGGUUGGGGGGAUCCGCUUUCUCUAUGAUAACCUGGUAGAGUCUCUGGAUCGCUUCUCCGCCAGCAGUGGCUUCGGAUGUAUCCUCGCGCACAGUAUGGGUUUGGGAAAGACGCUGCAAGUCAUCUCCUUCCUGGACGUGCUCUUCCAGCAUACAUCAGCCAAGACCGUGCUGGCCAUUGUUCCGGUCAACACUCUCCAGAACUGGCUGGCCGAAUUCAACAUGUGGCUCCCGGCGCCCGAAGCGCUGCCCCCCGACCACGAUGUGGAGCUGCUCCGGCCCCGCUCCUUCAAUGUCCACACUCUGAACGACGAGCACAAGACCACAGCCGCCCGGGCCAAGGUGGUGAAUGACUGGGUGACGGACGGCGGCGUCCUGCUGAUGGGCUACGAGAUGUUUCGCUUGCUGUCCCUGAAGAAAUCCUUCACAGUGGGAAGGAAGAAGAGGAGUAAGAAGGCCACGGGCCCUGUGAUCAUUGACUUGGACGAGGAAGAUCGUCAGCAAGAGAUGCUGAAAGGGAUAGAGAAGGCUCUGUCCAGGCCCGGCCCGGACGUGGUCAUCUGCGAUGAAGGUCACCGGAUAAAGAACUGUCACGCCAGCACCUCCCAAGCCUUGAAGAACAUCCGCACGCGGCGGCGGGUGGUGCUAACGGGUUAUCCGCUGCAGAACAAUCUCAUUGAGUACUGGUGCAUGGUGGACUUUGUGCGGCCGGAUUUUCUGGGCACGCGGCAGGAAUUCAGCAACAUGUUCGAGCGGCCGAUCCUGAACGGACAGUGUAUGGACAGCACCCCCCAGGACAAGCGCCUCAUGAGAUACCGCAGCCACGUUCUUCACAGCUUGCUGGAGGGCUUUGUGCAGAGACGGGGGCACACGGUUCUGAAGGCCCAGCUGCCGUCCAAAGAGGAACACGUCAUCAUGGUGCGUCUCUCCCCCAUCCAGCGAGCCCUCUACACGGAGUUCAUGAACCGCUUCCGGGAUGCUGGGAACAGCGGCUGGCUGGGACUGAAUCCGCUGAAGGCUAUCUGGAACCAUCCGGAUGUUCUGUACGAAGCUCUCCAGAAGGAGAAUCUGGCCAACGAGAAGGAUUUGGAUAUAGAGGAUCUAGCUACCAAUACCCGAUGCCAAUCUAAGGGUUCGAAGGUCAAGACGGAGCCUGGAACCCUGGCGGCGGUUAUGGGAGAAGCUGCCGACAGCAAGCUCCUGCAGGGUCUGCCCAUGAACCCAAACCAAGAGAGAGCCAAUCAAGUAGUUACCUACGAGUGGGCCAAAGAAAUUAUGUUUGACUACCAGCCGGGUCAGCUGCAGAACUCCCCGAAGAUGGUGCUUCUCUUUCACCUGAUCGAGGAGAGCAUGAAGCUGGGUGACAAGCUCCUGGUCUUCAGUCAGAGCCUGUCCACCCUCUCCAUCAUGGAGGAGUUCUUAGUGACGAGACCAAUGCCGCCUCGGCCUGGAACCGAAGGUCGCGAGGGUCAGACCUGGGUCCGGAAUGUCAACUAUUACCGUCUGGAUGGGAGCACAUCGGCCUCGGAAAGGGAGAGAUUAAUUAACCAGUUUAAUGACCCCAGUAACGAGAAUGUGUGGCUGUUUCUGCUCUCCACCCGCGCUGGCUGCCUCGGCGUCAACCUGAUCGGGGCGAAUAGAGUGGUGGUGUUUGACGCUUCCUGGAAUCCGUGUCACGACGCUCAGGCCGUGUGCCGCGUAUACCGAUACGGGCAGAGGAAACCUUGUCAUAUAUACCGCCUGGUGUCCGACUUCACCCUGGAGCGCAAGAUCUACGAUCGGCAGAUCACCAAGCAGGGCAUGUCAGACCGCGUGGUCGAUGACCUGAACCCGGAGAUGAAUUUCACCCGCCGCGAGGUGGAAAACCUCCUGCAUUUUGUGGAGGAGGAGCCGGAUCUCACCAAACAAGACUUGGAGCCCGUUAAGUUUUCGGAAACGGUGCUGCAGAAGGCCUGUAUUAUGUACCCCCAGCUGAUCCACUUUGGAGUCAGAUUGCAAAGUGAAGAUCCCUUUCAGCACGAGUCCCUCCUCCUGGACCGCAAAGAACAGAAGCUGACGGUGGCAGAGAAGAAAGCAGCGAAGCGCAGUUAUGAGGAGGAGAAGAGGGCCUCCGUGCCGUACUCGCGACCGUCCUACACACAAUAUUACCCGGCCCCAGACCACAGCCUGGGCAAUAUUCCAGCGUUUAGCCAUAGAAACUGGCGUUCGCUGCUAAAAGGUGAUGACAGGCCGGUGGCCAGCGUCCGACCUCUGCAGUCCACACCGAUCCCCAUGAUGCCUAGGCACAUGCCUGCUAACCACCCCGGCUCCGCCUCCGGUUCUCUCCAUCCCUUCAACUUCCCGGUCAACUAUCUACAAAGGGCCGGCGUCCUGGUGCAGAAGGUGGUGACCACCACAGACAUUGUGAUUCCCGGAAUGACGACCUCUACAGACGUGCAGGCCCGGAUCAGCGCCGGGGAGAGCAUACAUGUCAUCCGCGGCACAAAGGGAACGUACAUUCGCACCAGUGACGGGAGGAUAUUUGCCAUCCGGUCCAGUGGUAAGAAGAGUUCGGAACCUCGGCGUCCUCCACCUACAGGCGCGCAGCCUCAGCCCGGCCCGUACAUGAGCAAUGGUCGCCAUACUUCAAGCCCGGCCUCCCAGGAGAAGGAUGAGCAGCAGCAGCGGCCGGCCUCCCCCGACAGUCCGGAGAUUCUGGGUGAGCUGCACCAGUACCGAGAUUCGGGUUCUUCCCGAGGGUCCAACAACGCCCCCCAGCUGCCCAACCCCAUGAUGCAACCCCAAAGUUUGAACCAAGCUCCCAGAACGCUGCCCAGAAAACGCAAAGAGCCGCCGCCUGACCAGCUGGGCAUCUGGCCCUCCAGCAAGAGACACCCCUACACACAGUACGGUUACCCCGGCCUGGGAGGUUUCGGAGUGCCGCCUUCCUCCAUGAACCACGGCUUGGCCAGAGCCCCAAACUCUUUGUACAUGGGGGCCGGCGGCGGCUCCUCCCCCUUUCAGCUGCCGUCCCUACUCUCCGACCCGCAGCUCGGCCUCCCCCUGGCCCCAGACUCCCUCAUGAGCGCGCAGCCUCAGCCCGGCCCGUACAUGAGCAAUGGUCGCCAUACUUCAAGCCCGGCCUCCCAGGAGAAGGAUGAGCAGCAGCAGCGGCCGGCCUCCCCCGACAGUCCGGAGAUUCUGGGUGAGCUGCACCAGUACCGAGAUUCGGGUUCUUCCCGAGGGUCCAACAACGCCCCCCAGCUGCCCAACCCCAUGAUGCAACCCCAAAGUUUGAACCAAGCUCCCAGAACGCUGCCCAGAAAACGCAAAGAGCCGCCGCCUGACCAGCUGGGCAUCUGGCCCUCCAGCAAGAGACACCCCUACACACAGUACGGUUACCCCGGCCUGGGAGGUUUCGGAGUGCCGCCUUCCUCCAUGAACCACGGCUUGGCCAGAGCCCCAAACUCUUUGUACAUGGGGGCCGGCGGCGGCUCCUCCCCCUUUCAGCUGCCGUCCCUACUCUCCGACCCGCAGCUCGGCCUCCCCCUGGCCCCAGACUCCCUCAUGACGGCAUCGGACGACCCCUCCCCCGCGCCGGCGUUUAUCACCCGGGUCCUCCAGGACGGCUUGGAGCGUCAUGUCCGUCCUCUGGGGCCGCUGUCGGCUCUCCGGCAACGUACAAUAAUGCGAUACUUUGUGUUCCGUAUGGAAGAGACGCAACAAUGUGAUACAAAGUAUCCGUUCCUAUCGGCCGAUCACAGCGAAUGUAUCAAUCAGUGA